AUGGAUUUGUCCGGAAGCUUCAGCGGAGAUGAGCUCAUACCAGACAGCUGCCUCGAGUCGGAGUGGAUCGAUGAAGCCGAGGUGUUCGCCAUCCUGAAGCAAUGGGAAGCGCGGGGAGACCGCAGCAACACUACGACGAAGCACAGGGAGGCAGCCUUCGGUGGGAGCAACAACAGCGGUCACAUCCUCCUCAACCAGAGCUUGGGUAAUGGCGCCAGCAUCGGCAUCAGCAACCAGAAGCUAGAUGCACUGUCAACCGAACAGCAGCUGUCCGAAUCAUUUACAGACUGCAACAAGAAGCAGCAGUUGCUUGACGAUAUCGAUAGCAGCAAAUCGUACGAGAAGCGACUGUUGAAUCAAAACAGUGUCAGUUCCAAAUUCGUCGAUACGGGAACGUUUACCAGGCCUAAGAAGAGGAUAGAACCAAGCCUGCUAAACUCUAGUACGUUUUCGGUUGAAAGUAGCCCCUCAGUUUCGUCGCAACAUGAACUCACAAGCGAAGGUGGAUUACCAGUGGUUAAUCUGCAGAUCGGUGGUCCAGUGACACCGUCCGCACUGGCUUCCUCAGCCACCGGCAACCGACUGCUGAUGCAGCGUAGUUGGCUCAACGAUGUUUCGCCGCCCUGCUCGAUCAUGAACUCGAUGGAGUAUUCAGCGAACGAAAAGAUCACCAGCAGUCUGAUCACGAGCGGUGAUUUCAGCAGCGUUGGUUGUCUGUUGAACACGAGCGAUGUCGGUAAUGCAAGUUACAAUGGUUACAACCUGUACAGCGUGAUGGAGGACACGCGUCGACUGGAAAACCUGUGCAUGGAUGACGAGAGCACCUUGACGAAGGAUUGCAACAUCUCUCGGACCGAUCUGAACGCUAUUGAAAGCGUCUCGGGUGUUAGCACGAUGCAAAAUUCCUACGAGAGCGGAGGUCGUGCGGUUAAUGUAACCGUUUCAACCAAAUCUUCCUUCGAGGAGGAUGGUUCACCAACCAUUGUCGAGACUGCAGAGGGCUCCGCCGUUGAGGUAGUAGGAAAUGGAUCCCAAAACACGACGGUCACUGUUGUGAAUGCCCAGGACGAGACGUUCCAUCUUCCGGCGGAGUUUGCGGAAGCGGACUUGGUCAGCAAGACUACCAUCCCCGGCAGAAUGUUGGCGAAUGGUAGCGGUACGUACGAUAUGCGACGGCCGCGUAAUUUCAACACCUACAGAAAGCCUCGAUCUUCGAUGAACCAAACGUUCGAAGGGUUGCCCCAAGUCGAUAUGAACGAUGCCGAUGUUGAUAAGACUUCGAUUAACGAGCAGACGUUCGACGGUCAGGUGCCGACGGUGGCUCCGAGUAACAAGCACACAGUUAUGAACAGUACCUUUGGCAUCGUGAGUGACGAACAGGUCGGCGGAAUUGCAAACGGACACGGUACGUUUGUUAGAAAUCGUACGAUCAAAAACGAUGAUGUGCGGUUGCUGAAUCUGACACACGACCGGGAGGAUCAAGCCGGUGCCGUAAUGCAACCACCACCGGUUGUCGACGUUCCGUUCGAUCGCACUUUCAAACGUCGCCCGCGAAAUGGAACGUUCACAGGUGGGAAGGAGGAUGAACUGCAUAUGCCGCUGGAGAUCAGUCCGUUACGACUCACUAAUGACAUGGAUUUGGACGACGAAGAAGUCGAACGAGAACACCACACACCUAAUGGAACGUUUAGCGAGCAACAGAAUGGCAACAACUCCAGCUUGGUGCAAUCCACCCCAUUCCAUGGGUCGUUUACACGGGGUAAGCCUGGUCCAGAUAUACCUGGCAUCUCACCAAUCGGCCCGGAAAAUCCCAAGCGUACAUCCACUUCCAGUAUGGGGCGUAAUAUUGUCCGUCGCAGUCGCAACCUCGAGCAGGAUAUACGCAAUGCGACAUAUGAGGGACGCAUUGAGCUCUCGGACACGGUGACAGGAACCGGUGGCAGCGAUGGUCUCGCAGACCCGCUGCUCGAUCUGGAGACGGACGAUUUCGAUGUGCAGAUUCGACGACUUCCAGCGGCAGCACCCUCGGACAUAUCGAAUUUCCUCGACGCCGAGAAACGUAUCUCACUGCAACAUUUCGAGGAGUUUGAGAAAUCGAUACUGGAGAGUGAACUCAGCGGGAUCGAUUUCGAUGAGAUGCUCAACUCGCUAACAGCGGAUGUGCGGCGAUCCGACGAGGCAGGUGACAAACUGCGCCAGUCGCUGGACAACAUCAAAAAGCGCCAUUCCCGUAUCAACCUCGAGAAGCAACAUCAGGACGAGCUAAAGCGGAAGCUGCAUCAGCAACCAGCAGCGGUAUUGGAGACGCCUUCUGACAAUAAACUGGCCGAUUCGAUGAUUUCGAUGAAGAGCAUGUCCUCGUCGAGCGGAAGCGAAAGACUGUUAAACCGUAGAAGUAGAUAUAACGAAGACGUUCAGCUGCCCAUGUCACCGCAGCAGCAGCAACAAAUGAACUCGACCGUCACCAUGCCGAAUGGCGACAGCGGGGAAGGAUGUGGUGGUGAUUCGAAUGAUCCCGUUCCUACCGCAAAUGAGGUAGAAACGUACGAUCGCAAAAACAGGGACCGUUUCAAAACGAUACGACUGGGUAGAAAGCGGGACGAUUCGCUGGGUGCUGCCCUGCCCGACGUGGACCAGGAGCUAUCGCAGCAGCAUCUCGUGAACGGGUUGGAGGAGGACAGUUUGAAUAGUAGUAGUGGUAGCAAUAGUGCCUUCAGCAGGAUGGAUCACAAUGCACAGAGACCUACGGUACCGAGUAACCUGCCAUCGAUGAAGACUGAAGUCGCCGGCGAGGAAGACGAUGCGGUGUUUAAGAAACCACAGCAACUGUCCGGGCUGGCGCGUCCUGGUGAAAGCCGGUUGCGCAGUACGAUCUCGAAACCGCGCUUCUACGGGGCUGCACCUUUGCAGGGCAUCGGCAUCCAGCGGAAGGAUCUGACACUCCCACUAGGCAAUAAGUCAAGCUCGACCGAUUGCCUAGAGCAGCAGCAGCUUCAGCAGCUAGGAAAGCCUCAGCAACCCGCAUCAAGACUCGCCACAAUGUCCAAGCUCGGCGGUGGUAGUGGAGGUCUAAUUGGCACUGGCAGAUAUUCACAGUUUGGGCUACAAAACAGGCAACAGCAGCAGCACCAAUCGAACGCCCUCCAGCAGCAGCAGCAGCAGCAAUCCGUGGGGGCGCCCACGUUGAAGUCUCCCAUGGGCACGAAAUCGAAAUCCUAUCACAGUCUCACGUUUGCUCAAGCCAACAACGGUACCGGUUAUGGUGGAUCCAGCAGCAACCUCUCGAAACUGCACGGCACGUCCGCGCUGCAGCUCAAACUAAAGCACAAUUCCAGCAACACUGAGCUGAAAAGUAACACCUCGAAGCGAUCAACGCUGCAGCCGCAGCAGACGUCUUCCAACUUACGGGCAGCGUUGGGAUACCAGCAGGGUGCCGGUGCAGCUGGAGCAGGGAUUGUGGGUCGUGCCAGCUUGCCCCUGGUGCGGCCGGCAGCUACUGCUGCUCAGCCAAUUGCAGCACGAACCAGCCUAAACAACAGCUCCUCCGCUGCUGCAAUGGCUAACAAAUCCGCUCUGAAUGCUACUAUCACUCUCUCUGGCGCCGGAGUACAAAUGCGAGCGGCCAGCGGACUAGCGAAAACAUCCAAGCUCGGUCUGGUCCGCCCCUCAUCCGGAUACUUCAGCUACAACACGCACCGUAAACAUCCGGACUCGGACAACGAGUCUAUCAAUAGUCUAUCAUCCUCAUCGGCUAGCUCCAGGGGCAGCCUGUAUCGUGUAGAUAGUCAAAGCAUAGCAAACACUGUACAACCGCAACCGUUCACGAGCGGCACCCGAACCAAUAGUAUCGAGGACGUUAGCGGCACUAGUGCUGGCGUGAGUAAUGGUUUGCUAACGAAACUCAAUGGCACCGGUGCAGGGAUGCAGACUGGACCUCUGAUGAGCAGAGCUGCCGAGCCAGCAUCCAGGACAACCGAAGGCGGAAGUCUGAAGCAACCAGUGGCGACUGCUGGCGUGAAACCUUCCGGAUUGAGGCCACCGUCCGCUCUUCGGCCACCAACCGUACGUAGCGGUCUACCGCGUCCUACAAGCUACAUCCGCCGAUAGAUAUCGCGUCCACCCCGUGCCAGUCGUCCUCCGAAGAGGCCAUAGAAAUCCUUGGGUCGGGCGGGCGAUUAACAAAACGAACCUCGGACCCGAUACCCGGCUUCGUCCUCUCCGUCGCACCUGUAGCACGAUGUGGUCAAUAAUUAAAGUAUUCCCCAUUCUGCGUAUUUUAUCCUCUAUUACCGAGUGGUCCUUCCGAUAAUCUGUAAAAAAAUAGAUACAACCGAUGAGCUUUUUUAAGUAUUCUUUCUUUUUAAAUGGUAACACAUCCGGCCAGUGCGGUGAUAGUAGAGCUAGCGCAGGCCAGAGAAACUUAUCAGGAGUCUAUUAAAGCCAUUUGCUGUCAGGAGAGAUGAAGUAGGUUUUUUGCCUUUCUUAGAGCUUUCAGCCGAGCCAGUACGGGUUGGCGAAUUCAUUUAAACUGUUAGCUAACGUGACUGUCUGGUAUACGUGGCAUCCUUUUAUUAUGGUUAACUCCACUGGUUUGUUCAAAUAUUGCAAAACUAUGAGACUUCGCACGUUCGGCUCGUAUCCUUGAUAACAAUAUGUGUGUUUUCCUUUCCUUCAAACGCCACAAUGUCGCUGAAACUGUGUAUGGUGCGAUUACAAACGGACCGAGACACUAGAUCCUUGAUCGUAGGUGAUUCCUGAGAUGCUCUGCAAGUGUGUAGCUAUCAAACUAACACAUCCUAUCAGUAGCAAAAGCAUACAUGUGUUGUUGUUCAUUGUCCCAUAGUGUAAUCGGGAGGGGCGCAUAGGUAGAAAUGAGCCUAUCCUAGCACAGCGCGUAUGCAAUCAAAGGCUCCGUUAAACUAGUGGCAAAACGCCCCUUUUCUAUCCCGCUAAGCCUAAAGGCCAGUGGGAACGUUACAAUGUUAUCCCAGCUGGAACCACGUGACCGUUCAAAGGAAGACAAAUAAAGUUUAAGGAAAAAAAACGUACUGCUCUCCAGAGAAGGGACGCUUCGCAAUGCGACCGAUGCGAAUGAAACACAUGAAAAAAGACUACUGAUCGUAACAAACGCGAUAGUUUAGAGGAAUAGCGUUUAGGCAAAUAAGCGAAACCGCAAGCAAAAGGCCGUAAUAACCGUUGUGACUGGAAGCAAUCGAAAACGAACGAAAGACGGGAAUUGAGACUGGGAAGGAACUGUUGUGUUUCUAUGCCGGAAAUGUAAACUUUGUUAGCUCCUUUUCUUUCCCCAUCUAUGUAAAAUCGAAGUAUAUACACAUAUUUAUACAUUAAAACAAAACCUACGCGGUACAAUGUA